AUGCGCAUCCGCUAUCCUUUCGCGGGCGCCUUCGUCUUCCUCCUCAUCCUCGCCGCCUACAUCGGCCUUCUGCCGCACAGCUCCUACAACAGCGUGCCCGCCCAGCUGCAGCCCAAUGACAAGUUCCUGCACGUCGUCACCUUCUUCCUGCUCUCGCUCGUCUUCUACUGGAUCCCCGACACCACCCGCCGUCGCACCCUGCACCUGACCCUCGUCGUCUGCACGCUCAUCCUGGGCAUCGGGUCCGAGAUCGUCCAGGGCCUCCUCCCCAAUGGCCGCUCCUUCGACCCCUUCGAUCUCCUCGCCAACAUCGUCGGCAGCGUCGGGGCCAUCGGUCUCUGCAGCUGGUACCACCGACGCAUGCUCGACCGGAGACGCAAGGCCCGCUUCGGCGCCAUGGGUGACGGCGCCGGCGACGAUAUCGAGCUGGGCCAUCCCCGAGAGCACGGCAAUGGUCUCGGCCCGCAGGAAUCGGGCGUCACCACGCUGGAGCAGGAGGUCGACAAUUGGGAUGAAAAUGCCGUCGAUAACUGGGACACCGAGGAUGUAGUCGAGGAAUCCAGUGCGACGGCCCAGCGGGACACGAAAACCUCCCCGUCUGCUGCCAAUGUCGACGAAGAUGGACGGAAGCGAAGCGACUGA